AUGGUACUGCAGGUCACAGUUCCCCAGAAGUUGCUCUCAAAAGGAGCUGGAGAGACGGACACGGUGUCCUACGGCCUCAGGAUCGAGGGGAAGCCGUACACCAUCCACCUGCAGCAGCAUGUCUUUUUAUCUGAUGAUUUCAGGAUUUACGUGGCUAAUGAAAAGGAACCUUUGCGCUCCAAUUCAGCCCGUGUGCGGGCGCCCUGCCACUACCAGGGGUACAUCGAGGGCUUCCCCAGCUCGGCCGUGACCCUCAGCACCUGCUCGGGGCUCAGGGGCCUGCUGCAGUUUGAGAACGUCAGCUACGGGAUCGAGCCCCGGGCUUCUUCUCCUGCCUUCGAGCACUUUGUGUAUCGAGUGAGUGAGAAGCAGGUGGCAGGUUCCCUGCUGGCCAACGGCCCCACUGCCCGGGGGCUGGGCGACCUGGUGCCGGAGGAGCACCUCUCAUACGAAGCACAAUCUCCCAAGUACUUCGAAGUGUACGUAGUUCUGGACAAGGCUUUGUUCAACUAUAUGGGUUCAGACACAAAUGCUGUAACGCAGAAGAUAUUCCAGGUCUUCAACUUGGUCAACAGCAUGUUUAAUCCUCUUAAUGUCACUGUUGUGCUGACCUCCCUGGAGCUGUGGACAAAAGAAAAUAAAAUCUCAACGGAAGGGGCAGCAGAUGACCUUCUACAGCGAUUUUUAGAGUGGAAACAGUCACGUCUCACUCUGCAGUCGUAUGACAUAGCUCAUCUCUUGGUGCCUUUCAAGCCCAAGAACGCCCUGUGCCGCCCCGCGGCCGACCUGCACUGUGACCUGCCCGAGUUCUGCAACGGCUCCUCGGCGUCCUGCCCCCCCGACCUGUACGUGCAGGACGGGCACAACUGCGAGCACAGCAGCGGGUACUGCUACCAGGGACGCUGCCGCUCUCCAGACCUGCAGUGCCGGCAGCUCUAUGGGAAAGGCCCCGGGCGCGUCUGCGUGAUGAGCCCCGAGGCGCUACACUUCAGUGGGGCAAAAGCCUUCAGCAACUGCAGCGUCGGGGACUUUGAAACCUUCCUGAGCCGUCCUUCCGUGCGGGCCGCCUGCGGCAACGGCGUCGUGGAGCCCGGGGAGCAGUGCGACUGUGGGACCCCCCAGGAAUGCUUGAAGGAUAAAUGUUGUAAUAACACCUGUCAGUUUAAGCUGGGAGUGAAAUGUUCCUCUGGAUUAUGCUGUAAUGAAUGUCAGUUCAAGCCCAAGAACGCCCUGUGCCGCCCCGCGGCCGACCUGCACUGUGACCUGCCCGAGUUCUGCAACGGCUCCUCGGCGUCCUGCCCCCCCGACCUGUACGUGCAGGACGGGCACAACUGCGAGCACAGCAGCGGGUACUGCUACCAGGGACGCUGCCGCUCUCCAGACCUGCAGUGCCGGCAGAUCUAUGGGAAAGAUUCAAAAAGCGCUCCUGUGGCUUGUUACGAGGAACUCAAUAGUCAUGGGGACAGAUUUGGACACUGCGGGUUCCAGCCCAGACAAGGCUUUAAGUCCUGUGCUUGGAGGCAUCUGAGAUGUGGGAAGUUAAUCUGCACGUACCCGUACAGCACUCCGUUUCCAUCAGAUGUUGCUGCUGCUCUCUAUGUCCGAGUGCACAAGGACGUAUGUGUAUCUUUGAAUUAUUUGAACACACCAGCAAGGCUGGAUCCUCUUCUGGUCCCACCAGGUACAAAGUGUGGCUCUGAGAAGGUGUGUAUAAACAACACUUGUCAACCACUCUCUGUACUGGGAUCUGACUGUGACAGUGAAGAGCAGUGCCAUGGCCAUGGUGUGUGCAAUAAUAAGGGACAUUGCCACUGCCACCCUGGCUGGAAGCCCCCCGACUGCCUGCGGAAGGGGUCCCCCCUGGGGGGGAGCAUUGACAGCGGCCUCCAGCUGUCAGACAGUGGUCUCCCCAGGCACCAGUUGCUGUGGGACAGGUCGCUGGGCUGGCAGGUGCUGGGCUCCUGUCUCCUCGUCCUCAUCCUGGCUUUUGCCACCAGCCUCAUCCUCUGGUGGCAGGGCUGCUCUGCCACCCAGGAGGACGGAGACUGCUCGGAGCCUGAUCUGGAGUCUGAUCCUGAAUCAGAGCUGGAGUCCGAUGCGGAGCCUGAUCUGGAGUCUGAUCCGGAGCCUGAUCUGGAGUCCGACGCGGAGCCUGACUCAGACCUGGGCUCGGAGCCGGGGCCGCCGCGCGGGCGCUAA